CAGGCGGCGCAUGCGUCAUUUUGACGUCACACGCGGAGCCAACAUGGCGAAGAAACAACGUGGGGAGACAGUAGUGUCGGCGGAGAACAUGGAAGAACACGCUGAAAACUUCUCUUUGUUGCUGAACUCCAGUGACGACGAGGCACCCGAAGAGGUGACCUUCGAAGAGUCAAAGAGCGAAGCUCUGCGCAGCAUCAACGAGGUGCUGCACACCGCCAGGAGGGAAAAGGAGGCGCUAAGAGAGAAGAGGAGGAGGAGACAUGAACUGUUCCAGGAGCAGAAGAAACGACAUCUCCUACCCGACGAUGUGUUGGAGGAAAUGGGCUCUGCUGCUUGGUCAAGGAGGAAACGACCUGAAGACCCAGCAGCUGAAGACGAGGACGGAGAGCGACGAGAGAAGAGGCAGAAGAAACUGCCAGAUUCUCGAAAUUUUAAAGGAAGCUACACGGUGACCACAGUGAAGGAGGGAACGUCUGUGUCAGUCCAGCAGCAGGCGGCCGAGGAUUUCAUCAAGUCCAGACUCUACGGACCAGGAAGCUGCAGGACCACCAACAACGAGCUUCUCUCUCUGCAGAACAAGAAGUGUCUCAAUAAAAGUCCUGCGGUGCAGUUCGUCAGGAAAGACUGGGCGUCAAAGGAACGAGUCAAAGCAGAGAAGCUGAAGAAGCGAUGGCUCCACAAGCAGCAGAAUCAAACCUGCUGAGACCACAGCUUUCAGGUGGGAAGAAAGACGUUUGUGAGCCGCGGUGAAUACAGAGGACGGAGUGCUUUGGAUCGCAGUCCAGGGGACGUGGGUGUGGAGAAAAGCCAAGGACGUUUUGAUAAUUCCAGGAUGACAUUAUUGGCUUUAGCGCCCUCUACAGUUACAUCCAAAAAUAUUAUGGCAUCGGCCCAAAACGAUCAUGAGAUAUUGGCAAAAAGUCCCAAUAUGCUGCAUCUCUACUUUACACUGCGUGAGUAGAUGCAAAAACGGUGCUAAUGCUAAGCUAACUGACUCACCUGUUACUGGAAAACCCAUUUGUUCUGCAAAGUGCAGUGACUUUCUGAUAUGAAUUUUGCAGAAUGACAACUAAAAAAAUGUUCGUAAAAACAUUUUCCGUUUCCCGCCAUUGGAAGCCGACGUCAGAGGCUCUUCCUUUGAAAGUGGGGGUGAACCCUUCCGUCAGUAGUUCGUUGUCAAACUUCAAAAAAUCGUACGUUUUUCUUUCCUCUCUCACUUCCUGUUCAAUGGAAUUUAAAUGUGUUAAAAAAAAGUGUUUGCGAGAUUUGUCCGAACGUUGUCUUUCUCGCGAAAAGUUUGCGUUGCACCGACUCUACGAACUGUUCUAAUAACUGAUCUGUUUAAUUCUUCAAAUAAAGAAAAGUCUUGAUCUUAAA